AUGAGUGGAAGUGGUCAAGUUACGGGAAGAUGGUUGAUGUCGAUAUGGCCGAACACGUCUUCACCUGUUGAGGACUGCAAAGAGUUGGACGACAAGAUUGACGAGCUCAGCAAUAAGGAGUUGCCCAGUGAUAAGCCUUUAUGGCAAGUCCAUCUCCUGCCAGCAGCCGAGGAAGCUGGGCAGAAGAACUGUGUUGUGUUCCGAUGCCAUCACACGAUGGCUGACGGCCUCACUCUGAUGACCCCUACCCCGGAUGGAAAGCUGAUUACUCCCGUCAAUCACAAGGCUGAGGAGCCAAUGAAGGUUGGCCCUGUUGAAAAGGCCUUCAUCGGCGGAAUGGGUAGCAUAGUUUUAAAUGCGGCUCUUGUUGUUUGUUGGCGUUUGUUGUUCCCUGCUAUGAUGAGAUUUCUACCAUGA